UCUCUGCCCCUAAUUUCUCUUUAUUCUCAUCGAUUCCUCGAUUCUAUCGUUUCUCUGGUCAUGAUUGGACUAUAUUUUUUGGAUCCGAUAAGUCAGAAAUCCUUGUUGAACAAUGUGGUUGAAUGCGUAACUUGUUUUCUGGUCAAGUUUAGAUGUUUGGGAUUUGAGAAUGUUGAAUCAGGGGAAAAAUAUUAGGGUUUGUCUGCUUUUGACGAAUUGUUGAUAGGGUUUAGGAGGAGUUUAUGUGGGUUGGAGACUUGGAGUGUUUCUAUGAUGUUGUCUUGUUCUUUGGCCUUUAAUUUGAUAUACAUGAACUUCGUUCAUUUUUAAAGAUUCUGCUUAAAUUGGUUCCUCUUUUGCUGCGACUGGUGUUGAAGAUUGAACCGCAGUUCUUUGAUCUGGGUUUGCCCCCUUUUUUUUUCUGCUGAGAUUUGCCCUUCUUGGUGAACAAGCAAGCCUUUUUAUGAUUGAAAAUUUCAACUUCUCUUCAAUAUAGGAAGAGCAGAAAAGGGAUUUUGGGUGAUAAUCUCAUGCUAAGAUCAGUUCUCGAUUGCUGCUAGUGAACUGGAUAUUGAGCUAAUUGUUUUGAGUUUUUGCAGAAGUAAGAAUGGAUGCCCGCUUUAUUUAUAUCUAAAAGUUGUAGCAUUUACCUUUGAACAAAAUGAACAUGAUCGUCUUUUCCUGGUUUGGUAGUCUGACUGCAGCUCUAAGAAGCCAUAGCACAUACGAUGCCACGGUUGAUUUUCUCUUAUUUUAUUUGUUCGUUGUUUUAACAAUCAGCGUGAAUGGGGAAAGGGAAGCUUAUAUUGAUCUGUCAAUCUGGCGGCAAAUUUGUGACAAAUGAUGAUGGCAUCAUGACAUAUGUCGGGGGAGAGGCAGAGGCCAUAGAUAUUAAUCAUGAAACCACGUUCGACGAUCUUAAGCUAAAGCUGGCAAAGCUCUUGAACUUAGACUAUGAUUCUCUAUCCCUCAAGUACUUUCUCCCUGGAAACAGAAGAACGCUUAUCACCAUGAAGCAAGAGAAAGACAUGAGAAGGAUGUAUGAUUUCCAUCUGAGCUCAGUCACAGCAGAAGUGUUUGUUACAGGAAAAGAGGGUUUCCGCCCUGAAGCAGCAGUUGUCUCGCCUGGUAACAGGACAAUUAAUACACGAGCAGCUGAGAUGGAGAUUGCUACACCUGUGGCAUCCGGAAGUAUAGCCAAUGUACCAAUUCAAGUUGAUACUGGAACACAUGAGGAAUAUACCCUUGUUGAUGCCCGUGUUAGAUCUGGAAAUGUGACCCCUAGAGUCAUUUCUCAUUGCAGCGGCCUUGUUGAUAUUCCUGUAACGGUAUCGACCAAUCGGGUGGUAUCCACCAAUUUAACCUUCAAAAGAUCCAAGAGGAAAGGCAAGAAGAAUAGUCCUGCAACCGGUAUUUCGAAAUUGACCCCCAGAAGCUCUAAACGAUCAGCCAAUGGUAGCAAUUCAGGUAGCAAAAGCUUCUCUCCCAUGUCUCAGAGUGUUGUUUGUGGUGUGAUCAGUAGUCCGACUAAAAGCACUAGGAAGCGAAGACAUUCAAUACAUGAACUGAACAGUGGUGCUCAGGAUGAAACUGUCAUGGAUACAAGGAGAAGAUCCCUGAGAAACAGGGGACAAAUUCAGAAGCCUGUAGUAGAAACCAGUGAUGAUGAUGACUCCAUCAACACUGAUGAAGAUGAUGAAAACUCUGAUGAGGAGAAGGAUCAUAUGCGGGAUGUUGCGAUUUUCGACCCUGAAACUGAGGAUAUUAUUGACUCUGAACAUCUGAUGAACUAUUCCAUGUCUGAUGCUAACAGUGGUUCUGUUGAGAACUUAGUAGCCUCAUGGAAACGCUGUAUUACCGGUGUAGGUCAGGAAUUUGAGAGUGUUGUCGAAUUUCGAGAUGCACUGCAGAAAUAUGCCAUUGCUUGCCGUUUUGGUUACCGAUUAAGGAAGAACGAGUCAAAUCGUGCCUGUGGUGUUUGUUUGAUUGGAGGCUGUCCUUGGAAGAUAUAUGCAUCGUGGGUUCCGUCUGAAAGCGUGUUUAAGAUAAAAAAGUUCAGUAAAAGGCAUACGUGUGGGGGAGAAUCAUGGAAAUCUGCUCAUCCGAAAAAGAAUUGGGUGGUGAGUAUCAUCAAGGAGAGACUGCAGGAGAAUCCAAACCAGAAGACUAAGAGCAUUGCUGACGCGAUUCUUCAGGAUUUUGGUAUCGAACUAAGUUAUUGCACGAUAAGGCGAGGCAUUGAUGAGGCCAGAGGAGGAAUUCAUAGUUCAUUCAAAGAGGCAUACAAGUACUUGCCUCGUUUCGUUAGUAAAGUAAUGGAGGCAAACCCUGGAAGUUUGAUCGAUCUCGUGGUUGGGGAGGACGGAAGAUUUCAGCGGCUCUUUCUGUCUUUCCAGUCUUGUAUACAUGGCUUUCAAUCUGGUUGUCGACCUCUACUUUUUCUCGACGCUAUCCCGUUUAAGUCCAGAUAUCAUGAGGUUUUGUUGACAGCUUCUGCAUUGGAUGGGGAUGAUGGUGUGCUUCCAGUAGCAUUUGCCCUUGUGGAUAUCGAGACGGGUGAAACUUGGCGUUGGUUUCUCGAACAGCUAAGGUUAGCAAUCCCUAGCUCGCGGACUUUAACCUUUGUAUCCGACAGAGAAAAAGAACUGGCAAGCUCGGUUUUGGAGAUAUUCGAGAAUUCUCAUCACGGUUACUCCAUUCAUUACCUGAUGGAGGAUUUUAUGCGAAACCUGAGAGGACCCUUUCAUGGAGAUGGAAAGCCAUCUUUGCCGUAUUACUUGCUCGCUGCAGCACGGGCUGAUCGACUCGACGGGUUUAAGAUUUACUCCGAGCAUAUCAAACGAAUCUCUCCUAAAGCUUAUGAUUGGGUAAUGCAGAUCGAUCCAAAGCAUUGGACCAGCGCAUUGUUCGAAGGUGAACCCUACAGCCACAUCACAUCCGACGUCGGGGAGAUCUAUUCAAAGUGGAUAGAGGAAACACAGGAAGCAUCCAUCGUUCGGAAGCUCGAGGCACUCGUGGGUCGGGUAGUAGAGUUGGUGAAUAGCCGUCAAGAAAGCUCGAGAGGCUGGUCUAGCAAGCUCGUGCCGACAAAGGAGGAGAGUUUAAAGGAAGAAUGUAAGAAGGCAAACACGCUAAAGGUAUUCAUUUUCUCCGAUAACCUUUACGAGGUUCACGAUGGGGCGGUCCAAAUCGUGGAUAUAACCAAACAAAACUGCAGCUGUUUCGGGUGGAAACCCACGGGACUUCCAUGUCAGCACGCUAUCGCUGUCUUAAACAGCAAAGGAAGAGACCUGUAUGAUUAUUGUUCUGGUUUCUUCUCGGUAGAAAGCUACCAUAUGACAUAUUCCGAGGGUCUGAGUCCGGUCUUAACGUUUGGGGAAAGUGCGGAAGAAGAAGAAGAGGAGGAGGAGGAUGAACAGCAAGUGCUUCCUCCCCCGUUUUCGCGAGUUCCGGGGGUCGAGAAGAGGAUAAAGGACCGGAAAAGAGGUCGGUCUGUGUGUUGUACGAGGUGUGGAGGAGUUGGACAUAACAAAGCUACUUGCAAGGACGAUCUCUAGGCCCUUUUUUUUUUUUUUUGCUUCGGUCAUCUGAUCUGGAACUCAGUUCUCAGUUCUUGUCUCUUCUGUAACUCUCCCUGUUCUGAUGGGUCAUAAUACACUUUUUGUACAGUUUGUAUUCUCA